UGAUUUUUCACCAGAAUUUUGGUUGUUUGGUCGAUAGUAACCUCCAGCAGUCUUGAAAGCUUUCACCGCAUCUCGUCUUAGUCGUAAUCAUUAAAAACUUGCAGACAAGUUGCAUUAAUAAUUCAACAGCUAAUUAAAAAUGCCGGCAAUCCUGGUUAAGGAUUUUACUUGGCGACAAACUCCCGAGGAGAUUAUUAUCUUUGUCUCUCUGACAGGAAAGCCGAAGAAAGUGGAUAUAUUCGCCAUCGAAAAUUAUUUAAAAGUGAGUUAUCCCCCAUUCAUCCUAGAACUAUUUCUUCACGAUGAAAUCCUCGAGGACAAGAGCUCCUGCACUCUCAGCGAAGAAUUAGCAAUUUUAACAUUGAAAAAAUUACAAGAGGGUCGAGAAUGGCCGACAUUGACUCUCGAGAAUUUAACUAAAGAUGACAAAAAAGUGUUUCGCAUUCAAGCGUUGGAGAAGGCGCGAUUGUCAGCGGAGAAGAGAGCGGAAAAACGCAGUGAGACUCGUCAACUCCUCCAGAGAAAAGCGGUGAGAGAGCAAAUUGAAUUGGACACCCGAGUCCACAAUCACAUCCAGGAGUUGCGGGAUAAUCAUCGUCGGGAAGCAAUGACGCAAUUUGACGAUUGGCGGCAAAAGGCGGAAGUGCCUAUUUGCGGAGGAGCAACUGGAGUACUCCAGGAAAAUAGAAAACAAUACAAAACCCCUGUUAAAUGGUUCAAGGACUCUCCAGACCCUGAGCCAUCGUCAAAAUCUCCACCAGUUGAUGCUCUGAACAACAAACAAUUAUCUCACAAAAAGCAAUUGGGACUCCCGCGCGCAAACACUCGUGAAAUAUUGGAAAAUAAUAACGAGGAAGAUAUGAUACGAGGAAAAAAAAUAAUCAACGACAUUCUCAAUGGGAAAUAUCGUGAACAUAAUGAAAUAUUCGAUGACACCCCGAGACCGAGGAAAUGCGCAACCAUAAACGUCAAUUUUUCUGAGAGAAUAUUUCCAACUCCUGCCAGGGAGAGCAGCCAAUUGCAGGAGCAAGAGGUAUUUCAGUUUUUUUCUAUAAUUACAUCGGGGAAAAUAAUUUUUUUGAUGCUCCAGUGGCUGGUGAAACAGGCGGAGGCCAGGAGGAAAUGCGGAUUUGCGACUGAGGAUCUGUCACAGGAGGAACAAGACCCCCAGUGGCUCAAAGACAAGGGAGACGAAUUCCUCAAUGUCGGCAAUUACCUCGGAGCAAUAAGUGCGUACACCCAUGGAGUAAAAUUGAGCCCAAACAUGUCAUCGCUGUACGCAAACAGAGCAGCAGCACAAUACGCCCUGGGAAAUUAUAAUCGAUGCGCCGAGGACAGCUCCAAGGCGCUGGAGCUGAUGGUCCCAAAGUGCGAGGGAAACCGCGAUUCUCGUGCACGUUGUCACGCUCGACUUGGUGCGGCCCUUUGUAAAUUGUCGGCUCCACAACACGGAAUUCCAGAAUUCGAAGAGGCCCUCAAAUUGGCCCCUGAAAAUGAUACCAUAAGGAGGGACUUGGAGGAAGCUAAACAUUAUUUCCAUCUCCACAAUAGCAACCAGUGAUUUCUCCCUCUCGAGAUAAAAUACUCGAUAAUCAAAAAUUAUUUCAAUCUUUCGCACUAAUCCUUCGAUUUUCAUUUCCUCUAAACAAAU